AUGAACGAACCCACUCCCUCACCCAGUCCUGCCACCGCGCCAAAAGCCUCACCCCUCCCAAAACAGCCUCCCACGCCCACCACAGGCACCAAGCGCAAACGCAGCGCCCCUAGCAAAUACUAUGCCGUCAAGGCGGGGUUCAGUCCAGGCAUUUACUUUGGAUGGCAAGAGUGCCUGGCUCAGAUCACGGGGUACAAGGGCGCAAUUUUCAAAGCAUUCCCUACACACGAAGAAGCCACCGCAUUUAUCAAGGGUAACAGCCUUCCUUCCGCUCCCGGGGCUAGCUCGAAUGGCGGACCACCCAGGUUCUACGGGAUACAACGAGGUCGCGUACCAGGGGUGUACACGGAUUGGGCAAAAGCACAAGAACAGAUUCGCGGGUUUACACGGCCACGGUAUCGAAAGUUUCCCACCCGGGAAGAGGCGGAGGAGUUCGUGAAGGAAGGACAAGAGCAGCGGCGUGCACCUGUUGGAUUUGGCGAGCCUUCGAAACUCCCUGGAGGUGCAGGCAUGAUAAAUGGGAAUCCAAAAGAUGCGGACGGUGUCGAAUAUCCAGCCGGCGACGGCCCUUUGCCACAGGGUGCGGAGGACGGGUUUGAUCCUAAUGUGUUAUUGGAUCCGGCGACGGGCAAGGUGGUUUACAAGACGGCGCCACAGAAAGCCAUUACAAAGACACAGCCCGCAGGCAUCCCAGGAAUGUUACGGAUAUACACAGACGGGAGUUCGUUGCGAAAUGGAACACCACUGGCGUCGGCAGGGGUGGGCGUAUAUUUUGGGCCCGGGGACUCAAGCAGGAACGUUUCGGAGCCAUUGAAGGGCAGUCGCCAGACGAACCAGCGUGCGGAGUUGACGGCGAUUCUGCGGGCGAUUGAUAUUGCACCCCGCCAUCGCGAUGUCACCAUCAUCACGGACAGCCGGUAUGCGAUUGACUGCGUGACGGUGUGGUUUAUCAACUGGCGCCGCAACAAUUGGAUGACCAAGGACCGUAAGCCGGUGGAAAACAAGGACCUGGUCGAGUCGAUCCUGGUCAAGAUCGAGGAGCGCACCGAACUGAAGGUCAAGACGCUGUUUGAAUGGGUCAAAGGCCAUAACAAACAUCCAGGCAACGAGGCAGCCGAUCAGCUGGCGGUCCAAGGAGCCCAAGAGGGUGUGUCGGCCAAAGUAGAGGCGCGAGAAGCUAGCCGUGGUAUUCCGGACGAGGUAUUGGAGGAGGAUUUUUAG